UGUUUAUUCAAUAUAACCGAGAGUCAAUAUGUUUUGCUGGUUGAAUUCAAUUCAGAGAUUUCAGUUCUUUGUGAAUAUUCAUCGAACGAGCAUACCGACGAUUUAUACCCCGUAAUUUCUCCUCUCACAUGUAUGUUACCUUUUUUUUAUCCCAUCACCUAUGAUUGUACGAACACUGUCAACCAUCAUCACAAUCAUCCGACCAUAUGGUGACUGUUUGGAACGUUGAAUAUUUUUUGUUACGAUUUUCCUUUUGCUUGCGUCGUUUUUCGGGUCUUUGAUGUGUGGUGUGAAUAAAAAUUCAUUUUAUUUGUGUUUAACUUGCGCGUAGGCACCGCCGGUUUUUCGCAAUAACGAUUUACUGGGAACUGUGUGUUCUUUGUCGCGCGGUUUUCAAUAUUUAUUUGAGAAAAGUCGUAAAUUAAUUUUGUGUUGUUUGUGUGAUUGAGAGUUACAGAGAUUUUCAAUUUUUCUCAACCGAUGCGAGUGUUUUCCGGGUUCGCAAAAAAAUUGGACUCACAAACUGUGUUCGAUUGAAUAAUAAGGAUUUUUACCUGAAGAUCUUUUAAGAAAGAAAUUUACCAUGAUCAAUAAUUGAUCUGCCAUCACACCAUGGAUGGGUGAAAUGUGAAAGUGAAUUUAACAAAAAAAAUAAAUAAAAAUAAAAUCGAUCCCUUUGUGCAGUGUACUUAAAAAGAGGCAGGUGCAAAGGUGUUAAUUUCUUUUUUCGCAUGAAUACAAACAAAUCAAAAAGACCGUCGGCAAACAGUGACUCUGGUGCUGUUAGUGCAUUAUACUCAAAUGGAAAAGGAAAAAUAAUGUGACUUUGCAAAACGAUUGUUGCCUCCAAUUCAAUACUAAGAAAUAUAAGACAGACCGUCUACCGCAGACGAUAAUACACAAAACCAUUGAUUAACAAACACUAUAAACUAUUGAACAAUAUAUGAACGGCCUUAAAAUGGUGCUAGAACACCAAGGCCUACCAAAUUUUUCCAAUGCUGGCCUUCAACCGGCACUACAGCUGUAUGCUGCGGCCGCAGCACAUUUAGCACCAAGAAAUCGUGUACCACCAUGGGCACCAUUUCUGCAAUUCGGUGUGCCUGGCGUUUUCGGUAGUCCAUUUUUAACGCGGCCACGUUUUGGCCCAACGCCUGGCGGCCCACCUGGACUGGCUGGUCUGAACGGAUUGAAUGGAAUAGGUGGACCACAUCAAUUACCAAAUAAUCGGACGAUGCCGGGACCGCCCAGCGAAGAUUCGAAUGAAGACCGAGGAUCAGCAGCAGACGGUGAUGAUGAAAGUAGCGCGUCGAAACGAAGACGAUCGAGAACGAAUUUCAAUUCGUGGCAAUUGGAAGAAUUAGAACGAGCGUUUGCGGCCAGCCAUUAUCCGGACGUUUUUAUGAGGGAAGCUUUAGCAAUGAGACUGGAUUUGAAAGAGAGCCGAGUUGCAGUUAUACAGGUAUGGUUUCAAAAUCGCCGCGCCAAAUGGCGAAAAAAAGAGCACACGAAAAAAGGACCAGGACGACCAGCGCACAAUGCACACCCGCAAUCAUGUUCCGGCGAACCAAUACCGCCAAAUGAAUUACGAAUGAAAGAAAAAGCUCGUCGCCGGAAAAAGCUAUCGAAAGCGCUGGAACGACAAGCCCGGAAAUUACGUGCCAAAGGUAUAACAGUCGAUUUAGAAUCACUUCGUGCCGAAUAUCUUGCGCAGCAUCGUGUCACCUCCGAAUCGGACCUGGAAGACGAUGAUAUUCAAAUCGAUGUGGUCGGCGAAGAUUCCGAUGACGAACCGGAAGAUUGUUCGAUCCAGCGACGGGAUAGUACAAGCGGUCGGGAUAGUGGCGACAGCGAUUCGCAUGCACCAAAAAUUAGUAUCAGAUCGAAUCCAUUUAGCAUAGAAUCAUUACUGUACAAUAAUUCGUGAGAGCGGCCUGAUUGCGAAUAGUUUGCUUAACAUUUUAACGGCGGAGAGUGAUGUUGACAUUAAUUAAGGUAAGAGCUUUGACUUGUGCCGAGUAGGGACGAGUGAUUAUUGUGAGAUCCAAGUAAUGAAUGGAGAUUUGACUUUGAGAAUUUGUUUAUUAAACGCCAGCUGCAACGUUUCUAUUCGGUGCAAAGUUAAUGCGUUCCCAUCGCAAACGAUUCCUGAUUAUAAGAUUGUAAUAUGUAAAUAAGAAAUAAAUUCAAAUAAGUAAACUGAACUGUUGCGUAGUCGAUUUGAAUGUGUAAAUGGUAACUUAAUUUCAAUGAUGUGAUAAAUUUUAAUUUAAUUUUUAAUUUUUAAUUGUAAAAAAUUCCUGAAAAUACAAACUAGUUGCAUUUAAUUGAACGGGCUCUUUAAAUUGAAAAAAUCAAUUUUAGUGUAAAAUAAAUUGUGUAACUGUACAUAGACCAUUAAAAAUGACACUAGUAAUUAUUCACAAAUUGCAAACUAUAUCAUUGACCAAUCGAGAAAUAAUAGAAGGGAAAAGAAUUACCG